AUGCCAGCCCGUCCCAAGCCGUUGUUCUAUGAAACAGCAAAAUGCGUUGCUCUUUACAUGGAUCCCAACGUGCGACUACAACUCUACUUCCGCUGCCCACAGUUCCGGACUGUUCACAGAAGUCAGACUCUGAGAAUCAAGGAUCUAAAAGUGCGACCAGAAAACUUUGAAAUCGAUGGUACUAUCUACAAACUGGGAGUGAUUACCCAGUAUACAAAUAAGCCAAAUCGCAGCCUAGUAACUUUGAGCAACUCUGGAGGAGGGUUGCAAUGGGAUCUUGAUGUCUAUGGUUUACCAAUUGAAACACGAAACGAGACCAGGAAUAUGCCGGACGACAAUGAACAAGUGGCGAUUUUGCAGCGACAAAUCAAGAUUUUGGAGGAAAAGUUACGAAAUAAAGAACUCCAACCCGAUGACAUUAAACGCAUCAAGAUAAAGAUCGAAGUUGCUCGGUGGGAAAUCGAGAGGCUCCAAACGCGUAUUAGCAAAUCACCGCCGCCGUAUCGUAAUUAUCUUCAAAUGACUGUUAGAACAGGAGAAGAUAUUCAAUUGGAGCGUGUGGUUUACGAGAAACAACUCAAACUCACCAGAGAGUACAUUGAGAAACGGAUUUUUAGCAAUGGGAACAUCCAAGCGAGAAAUCUCCAAAUUGGUGGAGAUAGGUAUACAAACGAUUUAGUUGACCUUAUUGAAAAUGGUUCUGUGCAACCGGAUGUAGAACCUCUCUUCCGGUACGCACCACAAGGAGAUAAAGUGAAACCAUUACUGUCAAUUCGAGAAGGAUGUUUAGAGGUUGGGGAGUUGAAAGUUACUGGAAAUGUAACAAAUGCAGUGAUCAGUCUUCAAAAAGUUCUCUCAACUGCUGUGCCAUUAAAACAAUUGAGAACUGUGAAUCAACAAUUUCCUGAUGAUCCAAUCAUCAAAACCUCACAAUUGGUUUUAAUCGUUGGAUGCUGGCCGUUCACUGUGCUCAGCAGUUGUCCGAACAAUCGAACUCAUUUUGAAGGAACUUAUGUUUUUAAUAAUCAAUUCACUAAUGUAGUGAAAAAAUGGAUGGAAUCAAAUAUAAUCGUUGGAACAUAUUAUUCGAUCGGAUUUCACGAAGUUUGUUUUGUCGAGGAACUGUUCGCUAAGUUUAGAAAACUCCCAGGGGCUCAGAGCGGCGAGAACAAAGAAACCAGAUUAACCAGAUUCCCGGAAUCCAUCAUUAUUCCUAUGAUAAACGAUACGGAGCUGAAUAUCUACUUCAAUGGGCCAAAUAAAGAAGAAAGGGAGUACUGUAGAACUCGGUUCAUUGUGAAAAUGAAAUGGCAGCCAAGAGGAUAUGCGAGAGCUGUUUAA